AGCAGCGUGCCCCAGGCGCUAGAAGUGGCUCUGCCCCUUCUACUUUGCCGCCCUUUGGUCGCCAUGCUUAGUGUGGCUACUGCCUCUGUGCUACUUGAGGCUCUCCUAUGGCUUUUCGAUGCCUUCGAUGAAUCUCUACCUAAGCACUUCUUCCCUUUCACCGCCAACUCCCACCUUCUCGGGUUUCUAGCUCGCUCACUUUACAUCCAGCCACACUGGAGAUGGCGGCCGGAGGCGGGCCCGAGGUGGGGGGGGGGGGGUGACCAGCGCGGUGACGUCAGCGCGCUGCGUGUCGGCAGGUGGAGGAAGAAGGGAAAGUUUGGCCCGUGCGUGGGGCUGGGGUGGAGGGCGGGACAGAGGGGCUGGGCCCAGGCAAAGCUUCUGUCGCUGCUGCUGCGGAGGCCGAGGACAGGACGUGGGCUGGGCCGGGCAGUGCCGGACUCGGAGGAGCAGGAGGCGAGGUCCGCCGGAGCUCUGAGCCCCCGCUGCUCUGCCGCGCGGUGACCCCGCACCCCGGCGCCGUCCGACCCGUGGCUGUUCCGAGACGAUUGGUGGGGGCGCGGCGGCGGCGGCGGCUGUUGGGGGUGGGGAGACGCGCGGCGAGGAGACGAGCGAGGUCAGCGAGUUUGAGGGAGGACCGCGAGCCGCUGCCGCCGUCAUGUCCGAGGACUCGAGCGCUCUGCCCUGGUCCAUCAACAGAGACGAUUACGAGCUGCAGGAGGUGAUCGGGAGUGGAGCAACUGCUGUAGUCCAGGCAGCUUAUUGUGCCCCUAAAAAGGAGAAAGUGGCAAUCAAACGGAUAAACCUUGAGAAAUGUCAAACUAGCAUGGAUGAACUCCUGAAAGAAAUUCAAGCCAUGAGUCAAUGCCAUCAUCCUAAUAUUGUAUCUUACUACACAUCUUUUGUGGUAAAAGAUGAGCUGUGGCUUGUCAUGAAGCUGCUAAGUGGAGGUUCUGUUCUGGAUAUUAUUAAGCACAUUGUGGCAAAAGGGGAACACAAAAGUGGAGUCCUAGAUGAAUCUACCAUUGCUACGAUACUCCGAGAAGUACUGGAAGGGCUGGAAUAUCUGCAUAAAAAUGGACAGAUCCACAGAGAUGUGAAAGCUGGAAACAUUCUUCUUGGAGAAGAUGGCUCAGUACAGAUCGCAGACUUUGGGGUUAGUGCUUUUUUAGCAACUGGUGGUGAUAUUACCCGAAAUAAAGUGAGAAAGACCUUUGUUGGCACCCCUUGUUGGAUGGCACCUGAAGUUAUGGAACAGGUCCGUGGUUAUGAUUUCAAAGCUGAUAUUUGGAGUUUUGGAAUUACAGCAAUUGAAUUGGCCACAGGGGCGGCUCCUUAUCAUAAAUAUCCACCAAUGAAGGUUUUAAUGCUGACACUGCAGAACGAUCCUCCUUCUUUGGAAACUGGUGUUCAAGAUAAAGAAAUGCUGAAAAAAUAUGGAAAAUCAUUUAGAAAAAUGAUUUCAUUGUGCCUUCAAAAAGAUCCAGAAAAAAGACCAACAGCAGCAGAACUAUUAAGGCACAAAUUUUUCCAGAAAGCAAAGAAUAAAGAAUUUCUUCAAGAAAAAAUACUGCAGAGAGCACCAACCAUUUCUGAAAGAGCAAAAAAGGUUCGGAGAGUACCAGGUUCCAGUGGUCGUCUUCAUAAGACAGAGGAUGGAGGCUGGGAGUGGAGUGAUGAUGAAUUUGAUGAAGAAAGUGAGGAAGGGAAAGCAGCAAUUUCACAACUCAGGUCUCCCCGAGUGAAAGAAUCAAUAUCAAAUUCUGAGCUCUUUCCAACAACUGAUCCUGUGGGUACUUUGCUCCAAGUUCCAGAACAGAUCUCUGCUCAUCUACCUCAGCCAGCUGGGCAGAUUCCUACACAGCCAACUCAAGUCUCUCUCCCACCCACCGCAGAGCCAGCAAAAACAGCUCAGGCUUUGUCUUCAGGAUCAGGUUCACAAGAAACCAAGAUCCCAAUCAGUCUAGUACUAAGAUUAAGGAAUUCCAAAAAAGAACUAAAUGAUAUUCGAUUUGAAUUUACUCCUGGGAGAGAUACAGCAGAGGGUGUCUCUCAGGAACUCAUUUCUGCUGGCCUGGUCGACGGAAGGGAUUUAGUAAUAGUGGCAGCUAAUUUGCAGAAAAUUGUGGAAGAACCUCAGUCAAAUCGAUCUGUCACUUUCAAACUGGCAUCUGGUGUUGAAGGCUCGGAUAUUCCUGAUGAUGGUAAACUGAUAGGAUUUGCCCAGCUCAGCAUCAGCUAAACCACAACCCUGGAAGAGGCGGCCUAAGGAGAUUCCACACAUGCGUAUCUCUGUUGCUUCUAUUGGCCUAAACCCACUACUGCCAAAGAACCCAGCAACAAACCUCCCGGCUAGGAGCUUUAGAAGUCUUUAUGUUCUUCCUGCCAUCAUUCCUCCUUUUCCCACAGGGAAAGAAAAGUUGGAUCACUAGUGGCCAGCAUCCCCAGAGUUCCGUUAGUAAACUUACUUCAUAUGUCCCCUGUCUUCCUUCAUCUGAGAAGUGGCCCAUGUGCUUCAGGGCCCAGGAGGGAGAUCUGUCAGCUCAUUCUUGCCUUACUCCAGUGAUGGCCCAGGUGGAAAAGUAGCAGCUGUAUCGGGCUUCCUCAUCCUGCCUGUUCCCCCACACCUGCCAGGAUAUGGACAUCUUGGGAUAUCUCUUUACCACUGAAGUAGAAUUGAUUGUUCAGCUGGAGCCCAGAGAAUUUAAUUUAAUGUUUUUUCUUUGUACCUGAUGUGAAUUCUAGCAACCUUUGUUAGGAAAAAGCACAGCCUCAGAUGGAGGCAGCCUAAACUGUGUUCUUGUUUUGUUCAUGGUGUUUCUAAGCGUUUUGCUGAAGCUGCUCUCAGGCACCCCCUUCUUCAUUGCUCUCUCCAGAAAGGGUUGCUAGCCUUAACUUCAGCUGGUGCAAAACAUCUGACUGUAGCCGAACUUCAGCCAUCGGAUCCUUCAAAGUGGAACUUUGGAUUGUUUUUACAGACAACAUCGAGUAAUGGCUUGUAAAUGUGAAUUUUGCCAGAGGUGGUUUUUGAACAGGAAAAUCAUAAUUCAUAUCAUUGGAGAAGUAUUUAUUUUCAAAUAUUAAAUUGAAGAAAAACUCAAUCCUCCCAUGAAAAUCAGUUCACCUGGUCUCCAAGUCGUGAGGAAAUGGGUAUGCAAGGCUGAGAUUUCUACAGCAAUAAAGGAGACACACACUGGGCCAGAGAGGCCUGCCUUCUGCCUGCUCUCCUGCUCUGACCCUUUGGAGGGAGUCUCUGUGUGCUGAAGCUAACUCAAGAUGGAAAGUGAAACCACAUGUGCCGUGACCUUUAGGUUUUAUGAGUAGACAGUGUUCAUUUGAUUUUCUACAGAAAUAAUAUAAAUUAUUCUUUAGGUUUAAAAAAGAGCACUCAUAAUGCAAUAUGUGAAUAAUCAGUGAGGUUGAUUUUUCUUUUUUCCUACCGUUUCAUAGUCUUUGUCUAACUGCUAGGAACCCUACCGAGUUUUAUAUAUGAGUGGGAUACUCAAUCUGGCCUUAAAAAGAUACACAAAGAUGGGCUGUGGGUCCCUGGAAAGGGGGAGAGUUGCCCUUUACAGAAUCACUCGAGCCCUUUCCAGCAUUGUUGGUCUGAUGAACAAGGUUGUUUUACCUUAUUUUCUCUUGGAACAUAUCUGAAAACCUUCCCCACAAAUAACUUGUCACACCUUUUGUUUCAUUCUGAGUCUUUAGUUUUAGUCAUGGGCUUUCUUCACCUGCUCUAGGUGCAAAGGCAUGUUGGGAAAGAGAUGGAUGUUGGGGAGGAAGAGAGGAGAUGGAUUUCAGUUGGGAGUUAGGAGGAGAGUAGGUGAGAUGAUCAGACACCGAAGUUCAAUGUCCCAGCAGUCUUGGUAAAAGGAGGGAGCCUGCUGAGCCAGGAGGGAGAAAAGAAGAUUGACCAGCUUGCUAGAAAAAUACUUAGCUUUUCUUUUUCUUUUUUUGUGGAGGGGGGACGGAGAGGAACAAGGACGGGGAGGUAGGAAUGAGGUAUAGAAAAGAGAUAGCAUCUUCUUUGGCACAAGACUAGUGGCUUACCUUAGAGUUUUUUUUUUUUUUUUUUUCAAACCCAUCAAAAUCUACUUAUUUAUGAAUCCAAGGGGUGGUAGCAUCACUCUGUUCUAGCAUUCUUUGUGGAGAUGGUCUGGUGCCCAGCUGGGAGUGAGCAGCAGCCCAUCCCCUGUUCACUUUCUCUAGCCCAUCAUUACCUGUGAACUGCAGUGGGGCAGUCAUGGCAAAUAGAAUUGGGCUGGGGUUUCUUCUUCUUUUCAGUUCAUUGUUUGCCCUGCUAGGAAUUAGAAGACAGACACCAUGUCCCAGGACAGUGUUACUUCUUCUUCUGCAUGAUGUGUGGUAGACUCCCUUUGCUGGCUUGUGCAGUGAUACUGAGAAAAUACAUGAACAGAAACUGCCCAGGUGGAACAGCACGUAACCUAGUGAGUGACUGUACUCCUUUUUAGGAAUGCUGAUUCAGAGUGCACCUCUUUGACUAGGUCCCAGGAUCCCCUUGUCCCUGGAGUAACUAUAGCACAAAGUAAUAUGUGCCAAUGCUAUUUGUGAAAUGUUUGGUCUUUCUAAAUGACUAAAGGAUUUGUUGGGUUUUUGCUUAAGUUUUGAACCAAAUCCUAGAGCCAGCUGAUAAUAUUUAAUAAUCUGGAGGAGAGAAUAAUGAUGUACCAAUAAGUGGAGAUUCCUCCUUAUGAUGUAUGCUAGGUUAUGGAAGAUGUAAAAUAUUCAACUUUUUCCUCCUUUUUUUGGACUUUGUAUUUUACUGCAUGUUUUCUUCAUUUUUAAUCAAUAAAGAGUAAAUUGUC